AUGUCAAAGAGCAUUGAAGAUUCCGUUUCCAUGAUGAAGAGGAAACGAGAACUAGAUGAUGUUGAAUAUCUUGUUGAACUCGAUGGGACAAUUAAGAGCUUCGAAAGGAGUACACUUCAGAAGAAUGUGAAUAUUGUGGGGAUUGUGGGCAUGGGGGGCUGUGGCAAAACAACUCUCGCAAACGAAAUCUUUAGACGGCAAAGGUCGCGUUUCUCUGGAUCGAGUUUUCUUCUUGAUGUGAGUAAGGCCGCUAAAGAAAAUGGUCUCUAUAUGCUGCAGAAACAGGUGCUAGACGACUUGCUUGGUCAUAUUGAUGCUUUAACAAUCGACAGUAUAAAUGAAGGGAAGAUAAUUCUGGCGCAUCAGCUUAAGAAUCGACGUGUGCUAAUUGUUUUAGAUAGCAUAGAUAACGUGUAUCAAUUAGACGCUCUGCUACCCGAAAGGAACAUACUCGGAUCGGGCAGCUUGGUUAUCGUCACAACACGUGACGUAGGCGUUCUUAAAAGCUAUGGUAUUUGCUCAGUCUACAUGAUGAAAGGAUUAGAUUCUUUACAUGCUAAAAAGCUUUUCUGUCUGCAUGCUUUCUCACAACGCCAUAAGAUCAGUGAAAUUGAUUAUCUUGAUGAGAAGUUGUCUAGUGCGUGCGGUGGUCAGCCAUUAUCUCUCCAAGUACUAGGGGGAUUACAUGGCCGGGAGUCGAAAGAUGUCUGGAGUGCUCGAUUAGAUAAAAUCAGGGAUGUACUGCUCAGCGACGCAACACCAAUUCUAAGGGUACUAGUUGCUAAAGGUGAUUCCUUAAAAGGCGAAUAUAGCAACCUCACAAGAAACCUGGUGUGGCUUCGCUGGCAAAAUUGUUCAUAUCCUUGCAUACCCUCGUGGGUAUCCCUCAAAAAUAUGAGAAUUUUGGAACUUAAUGGGGUCUUUCAAAAACUAUGGAGUAGUAAUGGGAAGCAACCUACGCAGCUAAGGGAACUGAUUGUUCUUGGAAGCAUUGGAAAGUUUCCAAAAUCUAUAGGGCAGUUACAACAGCUACAAAAGAUUGUGGUGGACGAAUAUCUAAACACGAGCCUCGAGGUUUUAACAGAAGAGUUUUGUCAUCUACAAUCCUUGGAACACCUUACACUACGGUGGUGUAGAGCAUUGACAACACUGCCAACAAGUUUUGGGAAAUUGGGGCACUUGAAACAUUUAGAUCUUGCCUUCAACAGCGCGUUGAAGGCUUUGCCUCCCUCUUUUAAGCAACUGAUAAAUCUCCAGCAUUUAGAUCUUCAAAGUUGUAGCAAUCUGGAGAUUCCGCCUCAGUUUUUGGGGAAAAUCACCACUCUUCAAUAUUUGAAUUUUAAAAAUUGUAGAAAACUGGGAGACUUGCCCUCUCAAGUUCCAUGUCAGCUGUGUUUAGAGAGCCUAAAUUUGGGCGGUACAAGCCUUGAAGAAAUACCGAACGAAAUUGGGAGAUUGAUCAACUUGAAGUUUCUUGACUUGGGAAGCCCUUAUUUGACAUCCUUGCCUGUUUCACUGGCUAAUUUGAAAAGUUUGCAGAAACUAAAUCUCGACGGUUGCUCAAGCCUCACAUACGCACCAGAUUUCUUGAGACAAAUGACUAACUUGAAUGUUCAAGUAACAGGUUGCACAAAGCUCACGGAAUUCCCUGAAGACUCGAGGCAACUAAGUCGGAAAUAG